CAGCCCCAGUGUGUGAGUGCUAUCUUCCCUGCAGGUGAAUCUCUUGAUGUAUUUUGAGGUUCCCCCUGCACAGUUAUUGUUUAUUGUUAAAUUGAACUGUCCUUAGGCUGCUGUGACACACAGAUGUCCCCGUUUGCAGGACCGGCCAUAAAUAAGAAAUGUUUCUAAUAUUUUAUCACAUGAUGUUUGAAAAAUAACAUAUAAAGAAAAAAAAGUUCCAUCAAUUGAUUGUAAACAACAGCAACCCGUGUCAUCGUUGCUAUAGCAACAGAAUGAAGAUGAUCAGGGCAGGAAAUCAAAGCGAACCCGUGGUGAUGUCAUCAAUUCUAGAAUGUUGAGAGUCUAUAGGAGGUCUGACUGACUGUAGUUGCCACUUCUGAUCAGACUGUCGCCAUGAGAGGACAUAAGAGCAAGAAGAGAGAAGACUUUGAGGCCUGCAGAGGAGAAAGAGGCAGUAGGCGUGAUCGCUCACAGGGCAGGAAACAAAAGGGAAAAGUGAGCAGGAUGCUGAAAGAAUCUGAUUUUUACUUUGAGGAUCAGGUGGAAGAAUCCUGGCUGGAGAUGGAAAAACCUAAAGUUCUUGUUGAGGGUCAGGAAAAAGAAUCCCAGCUGAAGAAGACGGAGAAAUCGAAAGCUCUCUCUAAGUCUCAGCUGGAGACGGAGAAAUCUAAAGCUCUCUCUAAGUCUCAGCUGGAGGAGCAGAGCCACGAGAGCAAAACCCUCGGGGCUGCUGUAAGGAGCGUCGAGCCGAUAUUAGAAAGUGAGCAGAUAGAUUGGUGGGGUGAACCGUCAACCCCCGCUCAGGCCACAUGUGGCUUCUUGAAGACUGUACAGGCUACGGAACAGGAGGCAAAGGAGGCUGUGGAAAGAUCUCCUCGUGCUUCCUGUUCAACCUAUCUUGAGGAGCCCAGAGAGGAAACCAGGAAGAUCGCAUCUGCCUUGAAAAAGGCAGAAGACCUCCGGGAGACGGAAUGCCUCUGCUGGCUGCAGGAGAAAUUCUCCAUGCUGGAGGAGAUGGAGGAAAUUACAGAUCUCUCUCUGGCUCGUUUCAAUGAGCAGAAAUGCGAGAACGAAAUCCUCGCGGCCGCUCUGAGGAAUCUAAAGCAGAAGUUUGAGCGUUGUCAGGCGAAAUGGCGGGGGGAAAAGACAUCUCUCAUUCAGGCCACGGAGAGUUACAGGUUGGCUCUACAGGAUAUGGAACAUGAAGCAAAGGAGGCCGUGCAAAGAUCUCAGGCUUCCCAUCGAGAUCAGCUUGAGGAGCAGAGAGAGGAAACCAGGAAGAUCGCAUCUGCCCUGAGAAAGUCAGAGGAUCUCCUGGAGACCGAGCGCCGCUGCUGGCAGCAGGAGAAGAUCUCCCUGAUGGAGGAGAUGAAGAAAUCCACGGCUCUUUAUGAGGCUCGGCUGGAUGAGCAGAAAUGCGAGAACAAAACUCUCGCAGAUGCUCUGAGGAACGUUGAGCAGAAGCUGGAGAGUCAUCAGGUGGAGUGGCAAAAGGAAAAAACAUCUCUCAUCCAGGAUAUGCAGCGGGAAGCAAAGGAGGCCGUGGAAAGAUCUCAAGCUUCCCAUCAAGCGCAGCUCGAGAAGCAGAGAGAGGAAACCAGUAAGGUCACAUCUGCGCUGAAGAAGGCAGAGGGUCUCCUGGAGACUGAGCGCCUCUGCUGGGAGCAGGAGAAGAUCCCCCUACGGGAGAUGGAGAAAUCUCGAUCUCUCUUGAAGGCUCAGCUGGAGGAGCUGACACAAAAGAACGAAACCCUCACGUCUGCUCUGACCAGUGUUGAGCAGAAGAUGGAGAGUCAACAGGUGGAGUGGCAGGGGGAGAAGUCAUCUCUCCUUCAGGCCACAGAGCGUCUCAAGCAGACACUGCAGGAGUGGGAGGAGAGAGUCAGCUCCAUGAAGUCUCAGCUGGAAGAUCUCACGAGAAAGAAGAAGAAAAAGGCGAAAUGGUACAGGCGGAUCUUCUGUUUGGCCUGAACCACUCAGGAGCUGACGGGAGACUGACUCCGACACACGCACUUGUUCUCCCUGAGCGAAUUGGUUUUCUUCAGGUGCUCCUGUUAGCCCACCUUAAUUAAAGAAGAAAUUCUUUAAUUUGAAGAAAGAAAACUUCAAUUCGUUCAGGUGUGUCUCACAAACACAUGAGAACAAAUGCGUGUAGAGAGCCGGCCUUCUGAGGAGAGGGGAUCUCUGUCUCUGAAUCGCCUCUCCGGUGGACGCUGUAGUGGAAGGAGACAGAAAGACAGGAGACUGACUCAGACACAUGCAUUUGUAUCUCCCUGAGCAACAAUAGGUUUUCCCCGGGUGCUCCGGUUAGCCUACCUUAAUUGAAGAAGAAAUUCUUCAGUUAAAAGAAAAAAGUUGAAUCAGUUCAGGUGUGUGAAACUGCCACCGUGUCACAAACACACGAGAACAAAGGCGCAGAGACCCAGCCAUCUAAAGAGAGGGGAUCUCUCUCUCUGAAUUGCUUUUCCCGAGGUUUCUUCUCGUGUCCUUUCAAGGUUGCUCUGAGGUCGUCAGGUGGAGUGGCGGGAGGAAAAGUCAUCCCUCGCUCGGGCCACAGAGGGUCUCCAGAAGACGGUGGAGGAAAUGGUUCAGAGGGUUCUUCUAGUGGCCUGACAGGAGACUGACUCAGACGCAGGCAUUUAUUCUCCCUGAGCGACAAUGUUUUGGUUUUCCCCGGGUGCUCCGGUUAGCCUACCUUACUUGAAGAACAAAAUAAGUUAAUUCUUAAAAAAAAGUUAGUUAGUUAGUUAGUUAAUUAGUUAGUUAAUUAGUUCAGGUGUGUGAAACUUUGGGCAUGACAAAAAGAAUCGCAUGAAAAAUGAAAUAAGAUGAAAUAAAUGGC